AUGACAACGAAACAAGAAACAACAUUCCCAUUCAACGCUACCAUCACAGGGAACGAUGCCCUGUUCAAUGAUUAUUCUCUCAUGACACAUCCUCUUUUGCAAUCAUCAACAUCAACUCCGCAAGACUUGUCUCAGCUGUUGCAGCUGGAUUCCAACCAACCAUUUGUCAUUGAUGAUUGGCUUGCCACAGAGCUCCACCAAUCAGGUUUGUUGCCACCCACUUCUUCCGGUAGCAGUACCUCGAGCGGUGCAUCAAGCCCUGAGCUACCCAAUUCACCACCAUUGACUGCAAGUCCCCCAUCAUCAAAGGAAUCCACAAGUCCAAGCAGCGUUUAUCAUCUUCAACAACAGCAACAACAACCUUGUGUGCCAUUGUUCCCUGAAAUCGCUCCAAAGCAACAACAACAACGUCGUCUGGUGCCUAUCAUGCCAAAGACCGAAAUGAUUGCUGCUGCUGCUGCUGCCAUGUCAAGUGGCCAUGAUUCUUCUAUGGGAGCUUCCACACCUGUUUUGUCGGUGCCAAGCCAUGGCAACAACAAACGCAAAGCCAGCUGUGACAAGGAUCGUGAAGACAUUGUGCUCAAGCGUCAACGUAACACCGAUGCUGCACGUCGAUCUCGUCUUAAAAAGUUGCUCAAGAUGGAAGCAUUGGAGAAACGUGUGAACGAGUUGGAGGGCGAAAAUACCCGGCUGACCACGCGCGUUGCUGUGCUCGAGUCAGAAAAGUCGGGCCUUGAGAACAAGGAUAAGGACCUUCAGGAACGUAUUCGUGUUCUCGAGGAACAACUCGCUGAAGCCCACAAGGCUUUGACGUCAAAGUGCACGCAUUAA